GCGGAGGUGGAGAGCGUCGUGGACGGCGGUCUGAGUUUCAAUGUUAGCCAGCCGCACAGUGACCGCCGCCGACGUCGGACCGCCGCUUUUCGUGUAUCCGACCGGCGUUCGUGUUCCGCCGGGCGACUUCGGUGUGUCGGAAGACGAUAUUAUUUUGGAGUGAAUAAAAUACGAUCGACGGACAGUCGGCCGACGAUAAUUAUUCCGCAAAUAUUAUCGUUGACGGUCUCGCGUCCGGUGUGUUAUUAUUAUUAUUAUGUCGAGGUCGAGGCGUUGAGCUCGCGCCGCGUGUGUUAUACGUCGUUAGAUAUAAAAUAUAACGGGCGAAAUAUCGUUAUAAAUCCGUACCUGCGACUCGCGUGAGCUCGCGUCGUUGCAAUUAUCAUCAUUUAUUAUUUUAAUAAUAAUAACAUUGCAUAAUAUUUUACUCGCGUGAAAAAAAAAUAAACCUACUACGACGACAGCAUAAUUAUGUCGAGAAAUUCAUCAUUGGGCCCUACAGAAUACCUGUUCAAGAUUUUAGUCAUCGGCGAGCUUGGUACCGGUAAGACUUCCAUUAUCAAACGUUAUGUGCACAAGUUCUUCUCGCAACACUAUCGUGCGACGAUCGGUGUAGAUUUCGCGUUGAAAUCGCUUGAAUGGGAUUCCAAUACCGUCGUCCGGCUACAACUAUGGGACAUAGCCGGUCAGGAAAGAUUCGGGAACAUGACCCGGGUGUAUUAUAAAGACGCACUAGGAGCAUUCGUAGUUUUCGAUGUCACGCGACCAGCCACGUUUGACGCAGUGGCCAAAUGGAAACAAGACUUGGACGCAAAAGUCUCAUUGGAAGACGGAACACCGAUCCCUUGCGUCUUACUUGCAAAUAAAUGUGAUGAGACUAAAGAAGGUAUGGUGAAUAGUGUGGCGAAAAUGGAUGAAUUUUGUAAGGAAAAUAUGUUCACCGCUUGGUACGAGACAUCAGCUAAAGAAAAUGUUCACAUUGAUGACGCGGCAAAGACACUAGUAUCUCAGAUUUUGAAGUAUACUGCUCAAAAUAAACCAACAUACUUAAAAUCAAAGGGUCAAGUACUAUUAAACAGUGUUCCAAAUGAUUCGCAAAAAGGUUGCUCCUGUUGAUUAAAAAUGGAUAAAGUUAAUCAUUGUUAAUUUGUUUACAUUAUUGUAUAAUACAGUACAAAUUGUUUUUUCUCAAUAUAAUAUUAUGUCAAUUAUUAUUAAUGUUAGUGCCUCAAUAAUAUAUUAAGCUAUAGGCACCUAUUUCAAUAUUAUUUUGUAAGUAAUGAGCAAAUGAAAUACUAUAGGUAUUAGUGUAUUACAUAAUAGUUAAAACAAAAUUAAAUUACCGAUGAAGCCAACAUUUUGUUUUUAACUAACAAAAACUAUAUCGCAAUCCAUAAAUGGUUACACAGUAUUUUGAACUAAUAUAAUAUGUUGAUGUAAUAUUAGGCGUGUACCUAUAUAUAAUGUAUACCUAUACCUACUACUUGUAUUGUAAAUAUGGUAAAAUUAAAGCAGAUUUUUAUUUCUUA